AUGUCAGAGGAACAACCUAUAUCAAUAGAACUCGUGAUGGCCAAAUUGGAAGACGGAGGGAAGACCCUUCGAUUAAACAUUUUAGGUAAUUAAAUGUUUACUAAGUGAGGUAUUACGGAAAUCAAUUAAUGCAUAAAGGAUCAUAUGAAAUUGGUUCAGACUUUGGAUUUGCAUCACAAUUUACUGAAAAGAGUAUUGAUAUUCUAAUCUAUUGAUUGAUAAUAUAGAUUCUGCCAUUCUGGAGAAUUUGGGGGUUUCCAAUAAUGAAUUAGAAGGAGUGCACAGAAUUCAAUUGCAAAAAUUAUUAAAAUUGGAUCUAUCCUUUAAUAGGAUAACAGGUCUAAUAUUGGGAAGCCGAUAAAUUUAGCAUUUGAAUUUGGAGAACAACAAAUUACUUAAAGUAGCAUAUAAUUUGUGAUUGUAGAUUGAUUUCCUAAAUAACCUAAAAGACUUAAAGUAUUUGAAUUUGGGAGGAAAUCAAAUAGAGAAAAUAGACUUUUUGGUAUUCAAUGUUUAAGUAUUAUUUCCACAAUAUAUUUAAGUUGGAGGAAUUGAAUAUUAGAAAAAAUAAAAUAUCGACUUUAAAAGGUUCAUUCAGUAAUACAAAGAAAUUGAAGAUUCUUGAUGCAAGUAAUAAUCUAAUUAGCGAUACUCAAUUUAUUGAUACUGUCACUGAGUUGGAGGAACUGAAUCUAUCUUACAAUUAGAUAAGCGUUUUAAAAAUAGAGAAUUAGAAUGAAAAUCUUAAUAUUCUAGAUUUAAGCAAUAAUCAAAUUGAGGAUUUAAGAGUGCUAGAAUUCAAAUUCCCAUAUUUGACUAAUCUAUAUGUGUAAUCAAAUUAGAUUUAUGCAGAAAACUGCUUUGACUUUUUAAAAUUGAUGUCAAAUUUGAUUGAUAUCUAGUUUCAAGCAAAUCCAUUUUGCAGUCGGGAUUACGAGGACAAAUUUAUAGUUGACUGUCCUUGGUUAGAACUAAUCAAUGGUAGAGAGGUAGGCAAACCUGGAUAAUAUUUGAAAUAAGAGGUGUUGGCUUUGAAAGAGAAAUUAUAAGAAUUGGAUAUCGAUGUGAAUAAUUAUCAUAUGUCUGAUUUGGAUAUUGAGGAGGGCAUUGUAACUGAGGAGAGACUUAAAGCCAUUCUUAGAGUAUAGGGAUUCCAGGAUGAGGAGGAUGAAAUUGCGAGCAAAAUAAAUUAAGAGCACUAGAAGGAUGAAAAUAUUAUGGCUGAAAACGAAUUCAUCAAAUUUGUCACAGAAUAGAAUGAGUAGAUGGAUAAUAUCAGAGCUUAGUAUUUGAGAAGGCUUUUGAAAACUUAAUAAUCAGAGUGUUCUACUUAAAGAGGUCAUUAAGAGGAGCAGUCUCUCUAAGAUUCUUAAAUUAGGCAAUAGAUUGUUGAAGAUUCAAAUGAGUAAGUAGUCAUUGGAGUGAAUCAGGGUAGUAAGGAUACAAAUGUAAGAUAGAAACUAUUGAUAAGAUCAUUACCUAAACCACAAAAGAAGCAGUCGAUUCUUUCUGAGAUUAGUCAAUUGAAAUAGAAUAUGAAAUCAAAGGAGUUUUAUCAAUCGUUAGGAUUCACUCAACCUCAGAAUAGAAAUAGAGGUUCUCAACAGAGAAUGAAUUUGUCUUCUGAAAAUUUUAAUAAAUCAUCAGAAAUCAGAAGCAGUUCUAGUCGUCCUCAAAUGGCUAACUCAUAAUUGAAGUUACCUAAAAUUUGA